AUGACGCUCGACGACUUUUUCACCUUGACCGAGAUGAAUAACGGGCUCACUGCCCCUUCUCGGGUCAAUGAGCUUGUGUCCGUCAUGCAGAAGCAGAAAGAUCACAUCGUGAAGAACGUGAAUGAAGCAACCAGGCAGUGGUCAGCAGUCGGGAGUGCUAUAGUUGCCACUGACAACCAAGAAUGUCUCGACCUUUUCGUCCGUUUGGACGGUCUUCGUUUUUUGGGCUGCUGGCUCAAAGAAGCUCAUAAGUUCGGGAAUGACCCGAACAACUCCUUUCUUGAAGAGUCAGUUGCUCGUCUGCUGCAAGCGCUUGAACGGCUUCGUGCCGGCCACGAGAAUCUGGUGUCCAGUGAGGUAUGGACAGCUGUCGAAGAUUUACAAAGCCACAGUAGUGCCAAGGUGCGAGAUAAAGCUCGAGCUUUGUUCGAUAGCUGGAAGAUGAGUGAUGACAAGGAAAAGAUUGAAUCUUCGGUAGAUGAUGAUAAAAAAGGUAAAAUAUUAUCAGGAAAUGAUCAAAUGGUAUCUACUAGUUCGGAUGUUGUGCACGCUGUUGAGGAAAAUCUGAAGUCGGAUAAUAUAUCUGAUUCUUUAACUCCCUCACCAAAUCCCGAUCUGGGAACUGUUAAUCAUUCCACGGGAAAUGAUCCGGUUGGAUUGUGUAAUCCGGCCAAAAUUGGAAGUACAACCGAGAACUUAGGGUCUGGAGAAGAAAAUAAUGCUUCAGAAAGCAAACCUGAGGUUGCACUAAAAUCGGGUUCGGGAAUUUUUCCUCCUUCUAGAGAUAAGAGUCCAUGUGGUGGUGAGGACAUAGAUGAGAAGGGUAUCAAAGAUGAAGCUGCUGAGACAGAAAUUUCAGAUCACAAAGAACAAAGUCACAAUUCGUCUGAGAAGCCAGAUUUGCCCAAACCUGAGAGCAGAAACAAAUCGCAAGCCGGCGAGAAAAACCUAGAUAAGAAUCCCUCUGAACUGGGACGAGAGGAAACAAACAUUGAUAGAAGCCUGUGUGAUUUCGACCUGAACCAAGACAUGCAUCUUGAUGACACCGACCGUCGGAUUUCGACGCCCGUUCCCAUUGUAUCUUCUUCGAGAGCAGCUGCAGCUCGUGGGCCACCGUCUUCUCCGUUGCAGUUUGAGGGGAAUCUCGGGCUGAAAAUCACGGCCUCGGCCAGUGCUUUCCGGCCGGCUUCUCCCCGGCAGACCACACUGAGCGAGAAGCAGCCACAAAACUUUUUUGAUAUUGAUCUCAACUCGUCCGGGAAUACUGAGGCUGGUGGGUCCCAGGCUCUCCGCCUUGACCUGAACCUCGCGGGUGAGGAUGGGCCAGCCCGGCCCACAGACCGUACUGCUGUGGGUAUCAAUCUGAAUGAUCGUCCGGCUCAAAAUUUCGAUUUGUUCGGUGGGGGUUUGAAAGUCGAAGACUCGGUGAUAUCGAUCAUGGGGAAGAGGGUGGAGGUGGACGCUGAUAAGGGGUCUAUUUUUGCUCCGAUCACUGGCUUUCCUAAUGGGCGCGCGUAUGAUGUGAGGACGGGCACCGUUUUGGGGGUUGGAUCUGUGAUACCGUACACCCAUUAUGGUAACAAUGAUGUUGGGCCUGGUCCCAGUGGGCCGGCUGUGUACGGAGCUGGUGGGCCAGUUCAAUAUGUGACGGAUUCUAGGGGUGCACCUGUUCCCCAGAUUUUGGGUACUCCAGCAUCUUUGCCGGCUAGUUUCUCUCAAACGCCACCCUUCUUCUUGAACCUGACGGGCCCAAGCCCGUCAAACGGUCUUGGUGCUACUGGGCUUAUCUCGAAUGGGCCUGAAGCAGUUGGCCCAUCACGGGGGAGUUUGGAUCUGAACUCCGGAAUGGGGGAAGGUGGGAGCCGGAAUCCUGUGGGCUUCAUGCAGUUCUUGAGCCCGAGUGGAGUUGGGUCCGUGGGGGAGCAGCAGAAGCUCGAUUCACAGCCCACUAUGAGUUCAGCUGUGGGAGGGAAACGGAAAGAACCGGAUACUGGGUGGGAAAAUUACCCUUUUAAUCAUUAUACGUCGCCAUGGAAGUAG